AUGCUCCUAGGCACAUACGAUAACGACAACGAAAUGUUCAAGAAGCUCGAAGAAAUGGAAUUCACAUCGCCUGUGCCGCGCAAACAGGACUCAUCCGGCAGAACCAUUUAUCUCUCACAAGCGCUGAAACCAAAGGUAGGGCCCAUGUUACUCUCCGACUUUGGCGAAGCGAGAAUCGGUCGAGGACCUCACGCCGGUGACAUCAUGCCGUUGGAAUACCGGGCUCCAGAGACAUUACUGUAUGUGGGAUGGAGUUUUCCGGUUGAUAUUUGGAGCGUUGGUCUGACACAAAAGGCCUGGGAUCUCCUUGAGCCAAAGAGACUUUUUACGGCGCGGGACGACGACGGGGAUCUGUAUGAUGCUGCGCAUCUCGCGCAGCUCAUUGCCGCGCUGGGGCCACCACCGCCUGAGUUUCUGGCUAAGAAUCCAGAGAGGAGGGCUGACUUUUGGAAUGAAAAAGGUGAAUGGCUGGAGCUUGCACCCAUUCCAUGGACUCGAAGCUUGGAGGCCCUCGAGACUCGACUAGAGGACAAAUCAGGCUUCCUCCAGUUCCUCCGGAGAAUCUUGACCUGGCUUCCUGAAGAUAGACCAACUGCUAGCGAGCUCUUGCAGGAUCCUUGGUUGAUGCGUCAAGAUGUGUGA